UUUGUUGACGUCUCUUUUUCCUUUUGGGUGUUUGGUUGACGCGGUCGAAACCAUCCAUAUAACAAUAUGCCUCCUAAAUUCGACCCUACGGAAGUGAAAUUGGUGUACCUCCGCUGUGUUGGCGGUGAGGUCGGAGCAACAUCGUCGUUGGCUCCCAAAAUCGGUCCACUUGGAUUGUCACCAAAAAAAGUUGGUGAUGAUAUCGCCAAGGCCACGUCUGAUUGGAAGGGUCUGAAGAUUACCGUCUGCCUGACCAUCCAAAACAGACAGGCAACUAUUUCUGUGGUACCAUCGGCUGCUUCCCUUAUCAUUAAGGCUCUGAAGGAACCCCCACGUGACAGAAAGAAGCAAAAGAACAUCAAGCACAGUGGAAAUAUCGCUUUUGAUGAUAUUUUGGCUAUCGCCCGUACCAUGCGCCCACGUUCAAUGGCUCGUGAGCUGAAGGGAACCUGCAAAGAAGUCCUUGGCACAGCCCAAAGUGUUGGUUGCACUGUUGAUGGAAAGCAUCCACAUGAUGUUAUUGAUGAGCUCAAUAAUGGAACUAUGGAAGUCCCUGCAGAAUAAAUACGAGACCGUUUAAAUAAUUAUUAAUAAACGUUUUACAGGCUGUAAUGUAAAACCAAGAUAAAAAA